AUGACUAUCAACGAACGGAUUGAUGCGGUCAAAGCCGACCUCAAGGCAAAGAGAAGACUAUCAGGAUGGGUACUGCCAAAGGAAGAGACCUCUUUCGCGGACAAGGAUAGCUACUCCAACAUCGACUCUGAUGUCACUCCGCUAGAGCGAAGAACAUGGACGACAUGGACCAUCUUGGGCUUCUGGGUGUCGGACGCUAUGAAUGCACAAGGCUGGAUGGCGCCAGCUUCAAUCAUCGCCGUGGGCUUGACCUACCGAGAGGCAAUCUACUCCCUCCUGCUUGGUCUAGGCAUAGUCUCCAUUCCUCUCGUGCUCAACGGUGCAAUUGGAGCACACCUGCACGUUCCAUUUCCCGUGGCCGCACGCUCGUCCUUCGGCUUCCUCUUCGCCAGGUUCGCCGUCGUCACUCGAAUGGUCACAGCACUCUUUUGGCAUGCAAUUCAGACGUAUACCGGCUCCACCGCGCUCACACAAAUGCUUCGAGCCAUCUGGCCAAGCUAUCUCAACAUUCCCAACCAUCUACCCGCAUCGGCCGGCAUCACUUCACAGCAGCUACUCUCCCACUUCCUCUUUUGGAGCAUCCAGUUCCCUGUCCUCCUCAUUGCACCACACAAGCUGCGCUGGUUCUUCAUCUUCAAGGUGGUAGUCACCGUCACUGCGAGCACGGCCACAGUGAUCGCCGUAACGAGCAAGGCUGGUGGUACGGGGCAAAUUUGGGCUCAAGAUUAUCGAGUUCAUGGAGCCGAAAGGUCUUGGCUCACGCUUGCUGCCAUGAUGUCCUGCGCCGGUGGCUGGGCGACGAUGGCUACCAACGUUCCCGACUUCACUCGCUACCUGAAGUCUCCCAGAGGCGUCUACUGGCAAGGAUUCUUCCUUCCAUUCAUUGGUCUCAUGCUUGGGCUUUUCGGCAUCAUCUCCUGCUCGGCAGCCAAGGUGGUAUACGGGGAGUACGUAUGGGAUCCGUUAGUGCUCGCGGGCAAAUGGGAUGGACCAGCCGGACGAUGCGGAGCCUUUUUCGUCGGACUUUGCUGGGUGGUGGCUCAGAUCGGAACAAAUCUGUCCGCAAAUGUCAUCUCAUACGCCAACGACAUGUGCAGUCUUUUUCCCAAGUACAUCAACAUCCGCCGAGGAGUCGUCUUCGCCGCCAUCAUCGGCGGAUGGGUUAUGGUGCCGUGGAAAAUCAUUUCAUCUGCUCAAAGUCUCUUGACUUUCAUGACUGGUCUAGCAAUUUUCCUCGCACCGAUUUCUGCUAUCUUGGCCAGUGAUUACUGGCUCGUCAAGAAGCGACAUGUUGAUGUACCCAGCCUUUACCGUCGAUACGCUCGAUACAAGUACUGGCACGGCUUCAACUGGCGAGCGGCCGUGGCAUUCCUUUGCUCGGUGACACCCAACAUCCCCGGCCUUGCUCGAGCGGUCAAUCCAAGCAUUCACCUGGACUCCGGCAUCAUUCAUCUCUACGACAUGAAUUAUUUGUGGGGAUUGACGAGUGCCGCAAUCAUUUACUUCACACUGUCGUACUUCUUUCCCGCUACUGAGACUUUGAUAUCGGAGAGCAUUCAUGAUGACACGGGAGAGUAA